CAUGUCAAGUCAAAGUCAAAUUGCCAACAGUUUAUUGUCAUUCCUGGUUUAACUUUUACGUGUGGUCGAGGUUGGCUGAUUGAUACAUUAGCUAAUAAAAUAUACAUUGCCUAAAAUAUUUUCUGGAAAGUGGUUGAUGAGCGUGAUGCCCGGAAAGUGUUUUGGAUGAAAUUAAACAAUUUCAGUGAUUUGGUGAAUAAGUGGCCUUGCGUUUGACACAUACACACACCCAAUCCGAGUAGUUUAAUUAAUUUAUUGGUGACUGAUACAAUCCUUAUCAAAAUAAGAUAUGCAAGCUAUCAAGUGUGUGGUGGUAGGUGACGGUGCUGUUGGUAAAACAUGCCUGCUGAUCAGUUACACAACAAAUGCUUUCCCAGGCGAAUAUAUUCCUACAGUUUUUGACAAUUAUUCAGCCAAUGUAAUGGUAGAUGGUAAACCUAUCAACUUGGGUCUCUGGGAUACUGCAGGGCAGGAGGAUUAUGAUAGGUUACGACCUCUCUCAUAUCCCCAAACAGAUGUAUUUCUCAUUUGCUUUUCACUUGUCAAUCCUGCUUCAUUCGAGAAUGUCAGGGCUAAGUGGUAUCCUGAAGUGAGACAUCAUUGCCCAAACACUCCCAUCAUAUUGGUUGGUACAAAGUUAGAUCUUCGCGAUGACAGGACGACCAUUGAAAAACUGAAAGACAAGAAACUCUCUCCAAUAACAUAUCCACAGGGUUUGGCAAUGGCUAAAGAAAUUAGUGCAGUUAAAUAUUUGGAAUGCUCUGCAUUAACACAAAAAGGACUUAAAACUGUGUUUGAUGAAGCUAUUCGAGCCGUUCUUUGCCCAGUGAUGCCAGCCAAAAAGAAACCACACUGCCGCAUACUGUAAUCUAGAUCAUAUGCAAAUAGUUGUUGGACUUCAAUUUUGAACCAAUUGUUUUUUUCUUUGAAGGAUGGAAAUUAUGUUUGGUUUCUUUUUGUACUUACAGCUUUAAUGAGAAAUUGCAGUUGGUUUUAAAUGGUUGUCAUUGUAGAUUUGUACAAUUGAAUUUGUUUGAUCUUGGAUAGAAUUCUUUGAUUCCAGACUCCAGUAGUACCUGAAACAUUUUAUUUCUUUAUUUGACUAGUGGAUUGUAGAAUGUCUGUUCGAUAGCAAUGUAUAAACGGUUUCAUAAAUUUAAUUUUUUAUGCAUUCUGCUUUUAACACUGUCUGUUCGAUAGCAAUGUAUAAACGGUUUCAUAAAUUUAAUUUUUUAUGCAUUCUGCUUUUAACACUGUCAAAGGAAUUACGAAUACUUUCAAUAACCUCCAGAUAUGAGUGUUCCGAUAAGAUAAUAGGUGUAUUUUUCACUGUGCUGUUAUGCUUCAAGAAGCUUUUAAAAACUCUUGGUGUAGAAAAAAUUGUUGUAUACCCUUAAAUUUGUACAGAAUAUGCAUGAAAUGAAAUGUUCUAGAUAUUAUUAUAGUCUGCAAUCAUAACUACAUAUAUUUUGCGUUAUAAAAUUCAAGAUCUGAGAGGUUCCAUUGGCAUUUCUGCUCAUGAGCACAAAAUAACAUUGGGAAAAAUGUUCAUAAAUGUGAUUUGUUUUUUCGAAUAAUUUUUGAAUAAGUAUAAUGCAAAUAGAGAGUUGUUUACAUUAUUUGUGCAUUUAUAUACCUAAAUGAGUAAUGUUAGUGGAUACCGACAAUGGCAAUAUGAAACUUGUUACUUGCCAGGCCAAUGUGUAGGAUUUAAAAUGUGUUCACUAAAAACAAGAGACUAGUGGCGUCAUAAAAUGUCACAUGUGUCAACUAUAGUCUGACUUCCUUUAAUUUUUUUCAUAUUUUGUAUAUUGUUAUGAAUUUUAUCUUUUAUAAAUAGGCCAAUGAAGGUAAAAGGGUCCAUCGUGCGACUCUUCAAUAAUGAGCGAUUGUUAACCAGAGGUGAAAAUGAAUUGAAAUAAUUUUAAAUUUUCUUAUUGAGGAUAACUUCACUGUUAUUUAUAUUCACCAAUGACCAUAAAACGAAUUCUUUAUUCAGUCUUCAGUUGUUCAAUUUCUGGCAGAAGUCUACCUAAAUACUGAAAUCUUAACUACUGAUUUCGUAGCAGUCCUCUUCUAUUUGCAUAUGUUCUAUUCAAAAAUAAUUAUUAAUGAUUGUUACUACUUCAAUAUAUCUAAAAAAUUAUUUGUGAUUUUUUUUAUUGAAUAGUUCACUUUCAGUGAUCAGUUGACAGACUUUAAACUUUAUAAUAAUCUCCAUUCAUUUUCUGUUAGAAAAUGAGUCUUGAAAUAAUUUCUUAUUUUAUGUAUGGUGUUUGUAGGGUUGAGAGCUGAUAUCCUUGACAAGGUGAUGAUAAUAUACUUUCAUACAGUGUGUAUAUAUAGCUGUUAAUAAUAGUUAUGGACUAAUCUUUUACAAACAUUUUUUUGGGUAUUGAAACGUUUGUAUGGUUCAACUUGUUAAUAUUAAUUUUCAGCAGUUCAUUUUCUCUUUAGGAAUUGAAAACUACUUAUAUAUAAUUUAGAAUUUGUUAUGUGAAUACAGAUUUUUUGGGCCUAUAUUUGAUAGUUUAUCGGUUGUCAGACUUUGAAUUUGAAGAUAGUACACAUUAAUUUUCUUCAGCAUUGAAAUUGAUUAACAUAACAUAGAAGUAUUUUUUUAUACAAUAGUGUGAAGUUAAUGUUGGAUCUAAAUUGAUAUAUUAAAUAAUAUGUAUUGAAA